AUGCCAGCAUUCCUAAGCAUUCUGCUGUUUUCUCUUGCAUUCGUGCAGGCUUUAUGUUUCCCUCAAUCUUUCAACAUCCGUGAAGUGUACAGGUUCCCCAACGGCACUUGGCUCGAGAAUAUUGCAGUUCGACUAAAUGGAAACCUCCUCGUUACGGAUCUGAUGACGGUAGGACUCUGGGAAAUUGUGCCGCCAACGGAGUCAAUUCAUAGCUCUAUCCGCCUCGUUCAUCACUUUGAUGGAGCCGACGACGUGGCCGGAAUUACUGAGGUUUCGCCGGACACGUUCGCCGUCAUCUCAUCCAACUCCGUUUGGCAGAUUGAAUUCAACAGUCAUGACGAUCCACCCAAAGCAACUUUAAUUUCAAAGAUACCCGCCGGCUUCCUGAAUGGUAUGGCUACACUAGAUGAAGGAAAGGCAGUUAUGAUCUCCGACUCGCAACUCGGCCUUGUAUGGCAUCUCGAUAUCCAAACCGGCAAUUAUACCGUUUUACACCGACACGAGACAAUGGAGGCGAAUUCCGACUUGGGAUUGUUGAUCGGUGUUAAUGGAUUGAGAACAUUGCACAACUAUAUGUACUACAGCAACAGCCCAAAGCGUAUCUUCUGUCGUGUUCGAAUUGAUACUCGUACUGGUCGUGCUUUGGGACCUUAUGAGAUUGUCAGCCAUGAUACACUGGCCGAUGACUUUGCUAUUGAUCCUCGGGGGAUCGGAUACCUAGCUAGUCUGACAGAUAAUGAGAUUACCAGAGUCUUCCCAAAUGGAUCCCAUGAUGUCGUUGCGGGCUCGAAAGAUUCGAGAGAUUUGAUGGCUGCUACAUCGGCGGCUUUUGGGAGGACACGAAGUGAACGCCAUGUUCUUUAUGUCACCACCGGAGGAGAAACAGAGAAUCCCGUUAACAAUACGGCUUCUCUUGGAGGAAAGGUCAUGGCAGUUUCCAUUCCUUUUUAG